AUGUUUGGCGCUGGUUACGAUUACCAUAGGGACAUCAACGCGUUUGAGCAAAAUGAUGAUGACCGAUCUUCGCCAUUGAACAUACUAAGUGCAGAUACUGUAGGCUCCAGAGAUAGGCCGUCCAAUGUGUCAGAUCUCAUGAGGAACGGCCUCAACAGGAGGAGUUCAGUGAUAAUGGCGGAAACAGGAAAGAGAGUUCAAAGGACGUUUUCAUUUUUCGAUGACAGAACUACAAAUACGUCGGAAUUGCUGCUUCAAAGUCCGACUAGUGUGAACGAGGAAGAUGUCCCAUACCACCAUCCUAUAGUGGCGCCGAAAUGGAGCGAUCCGUGGAAAAGACGAUCCAGAGCAGUUAUGAGCAAUCCGCUAAUCAGAGGCGUUUUGAAGGCUUCUUUGGCAUAUUUCAUGGCAUCGCUGGCUGUUUAUUGCAAGCCAAUUUCGAGGUUACUGGGUAGCUCUGAUUCAAAGCACCUGGUUUGUACGGUGGUUGUAUACUUUCCAGCCACGCGAACUCUGGGCUCAAUGAUCGAAUCGAUAAUUUUUGUGGUGAUGGCAUUGUCUUUUGCUUUUAGUGUUUCUGUGAUGUGCAGCUCGGUAUCGUCAGCCUUCUACAACCAAGAGGAAGAGGAGAUAUGUUAUGGAAUAGAUCUGAUCAUCUCUUGUUCCACUCUAGGAAUGAUUUCCUUUAUGAAACAGCGUGUGAAUACUCAGAAUUUCAACACUGCAUGUUCGUUAGCUGCGAUCUCGCUAAUCUCGUGUCUGAUCAAGGACGGUAGUCGUGAUGCCAGCAUCGUUCCCUGGAGUAAAAUACAGUCCUUGUUUCUGAUUGUCUCGCUGGGUUGUGUUUUGUCUGUUGCAACAUGUUAUCUUAUAUGGCCUACAAGUGCCGAGGUGGAGCUGCGUCAAAAAUUGAAUGAAACUUGCGACAUUCUGUCUUCUCUUCUUCGCCAAUCCACCAACAAGUUUCUGCGAUACGAAGACAUUGACUCUCCUGAUGUGCGACACCUCACACAGGCCCUGAAGAAGAACACGUCCUCUUUAACAGAGUCUUUACACCACGCCAAAUUUGAAUUGGUGCCCAUGGGAAAAGAAAUGCAGUACCAUGUUUUAGAUGACCUAGUGUCCUCCUCGCUGAAGCUCGCCAUGGACAUACGAGGGCUGAUGAGAUCUGUGGAAAUGCAGUGGAACCUGCUACAAGAGAAAGAAAGUUCAAUUCCUGAGGUGGAUAGGUCCACCCUCGCCAGUGACCCCAACUCUGUGUAUACGCUGUUUAGAUCUGGAGACUCCAUGAUGGAUGGAUCGUCACGGGCACAGAGCUUGAUCAAUGAGGACUCAGAAGACGAUGUUGUUGCCUCAAAGCCCAAGGAGUUGUUUGAUUUGUUUGUGUACUAUCUGGGCCCUUCUAUGAAGUCAUUUGCAUUCACCAUGCGACAGAUUUUGGAUGGUAUUCCUUUCGACGACACACCGGAAUACGCAAACAGGGAAACAUCGCACUACUCACGGAGUCUACUUUUGGCGAGUGAAUUGUUUCAACAAAGUCACAGUAAAGCACUAGGAAAGCUUUAUGAGCAGUCGAUGUUCAAAGAAGAUACUGAUUUCAAGAAUAAAAUUGAUCAGGAAGAAGUUGCUGCCAGUUGUGGUAACUUCUCAGAGAUGCUGUUGGAGUUCUCUCGCGAGCUCGACAGAUACCUGACCAUUUUGAACGAUUAUAAAGAACUUUGUGAGUCUGAAGAAACCUCAUAUGACUUUUUGAAGUUCUGGAAACGCAAAUCUCUAAAGGUCGAACAUAAGAGAACUCUGAACGAGGCUCUUUCCCGAAUGCAAGGUGUCAAAACUGAUUUGAAUCCAAAAAACACCUUCAGCUACAGAUUAUGGUCAGCAUCGAGAGCGUUUCAGCGCGUGGACAUUCAAUUUGGACUAAGAGUGGGAUUGGGUGCAUUUGCAAUUGCAUUAUUUGCGUUCCUUGAUAAGACCAGAGACAAAUUUGACGAUUGGAGAGGUGAAUGGGCUCUAGUGACAUAUUGCAUCAUCAUGAACAAAUCCCUAGGUGGAACUACUAUGACCGUCAAGUGGAGGUUCUUGGGAACCUUCAUCGGUGCACUGAGUGCUUAUUUGAUCUGGGACUUUUUUGAAGGGAAUGUAUACGGUCUGGCACUAGCAGGUUGGCUGAUGUGUUUGCCCUGCUUCUACAUCAUAUUGUACUGGAAAGAGAACAACGCUUUCGGAAGAUUCAUUUUACUGACAUACAACCUGACAGUGCUAUAUUCAUACACCAUGUCCCUUAAGUCACCUGAAAACAUUCCAGACUACGACGAUGAAGGUGGAGGAAAUCCGAUUGUGUUUGAGAUUGCGUUCCAUCGUUUCAUUGGCGUUUCUGCGGGUGUUUUAUGGGCUAUUAUAAUGACAUUGAUGCUAUUCCCUAAUAGUGCCAGGUCAAGGAUAAGGAGAGGUUUAUCUUUACUAUGGCUUAGAAUGGGAAUUAUCUGGAACAGUGAUCCUCUCUCGUUUGAGCGUGAUCCGGAUACUUCAGAGUACAGACUGGUUGGCAUCAGAGACACGAAGAUGAUCCAUCACAUCAUGUCUGAGCUGGAAGUAUUGCUAAAGCAAGCACCGAAAGAGAUCAGGCUUAAAGGUCCAUUCCCUACUAAGACAUACGAAAAGCUUUUGAAGUCAACUAGCAAAGUUAUAGAUGUCUUUGAGAAUCUCAAUGUGAUGAUCGAUCUGGAGCCACUUCUGACAGAAAACGAACGGGUGGUGUUAAAUCACAUUAAGGCCGAGAGAGCAGAACUUGAGAACAGAGUGUUCCUGAUAUUCUAUAUGAUAGCAUCAGCCAUGAGAUUAGGCUUCCCAUUGGUGAGAAAACCUGCUUCUACUGAAAAUGCCAAGGACAGGAUGUUGGCCAAGCUCAGUGAUAUGCGCAACAGAGAGGACAGUGGAUCGCAAAUGCUCAAAAACGAGGACUUCGUCCUGUUCUACUCGUAUACCUUGAUCACUACUAUCAUUACGGAUGAGCUUGAUAAGCUGAUUUAUCUGGUGGGUGAACUGUUUGGUGUUGUCGCCGAGGACACUUUGGAGCUCUGA